GUAUAUAAUAAUGAUAGAAACUAUAUUUGAUAUUGAACAACCUCUUCCAAAGAAUUCAAUUGUUACUUAUGAUCUACAACCUUCACACCAAUUUGUUAACAUUCGUACUAUAUUGGCUUCAAGGAAAAGGAAUUCUUCUUCUUCACCCACUCCUUCUAAAGACAAUAAAAAGAUCAAAAAGAACAAAAAGAAUAAAAAUUUGGUCUAUGAUGAUAUGAUUAGUGGUUUACCUUCUCCUCCUGUUGAAAGUCCUAUGGCCGACUUUCCUUCUAUGACUUCUACUUCUACUGACAAUACUCCUCCUCUUACACCAAACACAACUUUUACUAUGGAUUCUUCUUCACCUCUUGAUCAAAACAAGUCAAACUUAUCAACUGAAGAUAUCUUGGCAAAACUGGCAGCUUUACGUGAAGAAAAACAUAAUCUUUUCCAACUCAUGAAGCGAUUAGUAGAAGAAGAAGAACAACAACAACGACAAAAACAACAGUCUAUAGAUCUACAAAAAGAUAUAGAACAACAACAACAACAACAACAGGAGCAAAAAAAGAGGAAACCAAGUCGCUGGUCAUCUUCUAAUCCUAGUUCUCUGGAACAACAAUCAACUUUUAUAUCAUUACCACAACAACAACAACAACAACAACAACAACGAUUUAGAAACAACAUGGAAAAUAAUACACCAAGACCUUUUAGUUCAAGAUCCUUCAAUCCGCCGGCACGGUCUCAUUCAUACUUUGGUCAACGGUCUAGUAUUCAUCGUUCUCACCAACCACCUUACUUGUAUUAAAAUCUCUCUGUACCCCUUUCUCUUCUCCCAUUUUUCCCUCUAGUCAAUAGUGAAUCACUUUUACAAAUAUUUUUUUUUAUUCUCUUUUUUUUUCAACAUAGUUUUCCCUUUGUUAUUUAGUCUUCGUUUUUAGUUUUCCCCACUCCCAUUGUGUAUAUGUAUAUAAAUAAAGAAUUGUACUAUUUUCUCUCUCUC